AUGGCUCGCAAGUUCUUCGUCGGCGGCAACUUCAAGAUGAACGGCUCCGUGUCGUCCAUCAAGGAUAUUGUCAACAACCUGAACAACGCCAAGCUUGACCCCUCUGUUGAGGUCGUUGUCUCUCCCAGCGCCAUCCACCUGGUCCUCGUCCGCGACUCCCUCCGCUCCGAGAUUGGCGUCGCUGCCCAGAACGUCUACGACAAGCCCAACGGCGCCUUCACCGGCGAGUUGUCCGUCUCGCAGCUCCUCGACAGCAAGAUCGACUGGGCCAUCCUCGGCCACUCGGAGCGCCGCACCAUCCUCAAGGAGGCCGACGACCUCGUCGCCUCCAAGACCAAGUACGCCACCGAGAACGGUGUCAGCGUCAUCUGGUGCUGCGGCGAGUCCCUCGAGGAGCGCGAGGCCGGCAAGACCAUCGAGGUCGUCAGCAAGCAGCUCGAGGCCCUCAAGGCCAAGGUCACUGACUGGUCCAAGAUCGUCAUUGCCUACGAGCCCAUCUGGGCCAUUGGCACCGGCAAGGUCGCCACCACGGAGCAGGCCCAGGAGGUUCACAAGGCCAUCCGCGGGUGGCUCAAGACCAACGUCAGCGACAAGGUCGCCGAGGAGACCCGCAUUCUGUACGGUGGCAGCGUCAACGAGAAGAACUGCGCCGAGCUCGGCAAGCAGCCCGACAUUGACGGCUUCCUCGUCGGCGGCGCUUCUCUCAAGCCUGCCUUUGUCGACAUUAUCAACUCUAGCAAGCUUCAAGACCCACGACCAUACAAAAUAUAA